AUGGGUUCCAUUAACAACGGUGGUGGUGGUGGAGGUGAGAACCACAUAAUUGAUGCUUUUGGAAGGCUCUUGACUUGUGUCUUGCGACAUAUGGCUUAUGAGCUAAACUUAAAGAUGAGGAAAGAUGAGCCAAAUUUGGGAUAUGAAAAGGAAUUAAUUUGGCCCAUUUUCUUUUACUUAAUUACAAAGCUUUCUAAGACUACUCUUGAUGACAAGGGCAAUUAUGUCCUCUGCACAUAUAAAAGAUCAAAGUUUGGUGUGAUUGAAGUGUUUUUGGGGUUGCAGGUGCAUGGAAUGCUAUCACAGAUGGACCCCGCAUUGGUGAGUUAUUGUGAAAAAAUAGCAGAAAACGGGGGCCCACUCACUCUGCCUGAAAAAAUUGGUGGAUCUGUUCAUGUUGCUCAAAUGGAAACAACCAUGACAAGGGCAAGUUCUCUUCUAUGGAAUGUCCAACCAGAAGUCAAUGUGGAUCAGAGCUAUGAAGAUAUUAAGCUUAAUCGUGGAAUACAUGAUGCACUUGCAUCUGAAGAGGCUUUCUUCCAAAGUCAUCCGAAAGCUAAAGCUCCAGAACUCUCUGCCAAGAAAUUAUUUGGUGACUUGCCACGACUUUGGCAUCGUGUCAAAGCCCCCCAGCCAAAAGAUGUUGCCCAACUAGCUCUUAAAAAGAUGCCUUCAACCGAGCAAGAAACCAUAUCGAUGAGUGAGUAUCAGCGAGGUGUUGGUGCUUGGAAUUUUGACCUUGAAGAUCUAAAAUUCAAAGCAUCCUUGGAAGCAUCCAAUUCGAAGGCUACUACUAUUGGCAAACAUUCCACAAGAGACAUUGAAUCUAGUGAUGAAGUUGUCCCAUCUGAAUCCCUAAUCAAUAAAGAAAGUAAAGUGCCAAAAACUGAUGAUAAAGGAAGUAUUAUUGUUGAAGAAAAAAGCAGAAAAGAAACUGAGAAACCAGAAGCAGAUAAAGAAGCAGCAGUAGCACAUGCUAAAAAUAGAAUUUUAACAACAACAGGAAUAGGAAGAAAUCGUUAAACACAGAGUGCACCUCUUGUGGCUGUUGCAGUCUUGAAUCAUUCAAAGUCUGAUAGGACUUGUACUUUAGAAAGGUGUGAAAUCCAUCAUCAGCUCCAAUUUGUUGAUAAAAUCCAUCAUCAGCUCCAAUUAAUUAUGGGUUCCCAAGUAUUUAUGUUGCUGACCCUUUUCAUUUCGUGAUCAAAUGAAAUGAAUUUUGUUCAAUAUAUUUUGUUUUUGAACCAAUGAUUAGGUUUUUACAAAUCUUUCUUAAAGCAUAUGGCACUUUGGUUUAUUAUAUUUUGUCACGUCAACGGUAAGUUUUCUGUCUUGAGUUGUUUAUAUACUAUUGGUUCCCUUCAAUUACUCAUCUCCAUUAUGGAAUUCAAGUCGUGCAUAAUAUCAAUUAGUUAUGUGCCAGGGCAGCCUUCCAGGUCUGGUGGUAUGUUUUGUGUUGAUUAAUUGUCACUCUCUAGAUAUGUAUAUGUAUAGAAAGGAAUUUUUUAACAUGAACAAGGAUAAAAGUGUAAUGGUUUGGUUGGUUUUCUUUUCUGAUUUGAACUGCCCGACACUCCUGCAAAUUCAAAAGGAAGAUGGCACAGGUAAGGAGUAUCCUUUGGGAGCUGCCUUUGAGGCCAUCAAAAAUACUUUGAUUCAAGGCAAUACAAAACUCUUAUUGGUAGAUCAUUUUGAUUCCACUCUCAUACAUACAUACCAUGUGUAUUAUUAAUUAGUUGAUAUUGAUAUUGUACAACUGACAUGAUUAUCGUGUAGCAUUUCCGUGUUGUUCUUUAUUGAGUGUUGGGAUUCAUAUUUAAGCUAAUAGACAUGAUCAUUGGUUGGAUACAUGAAGGGUUUCCGAGCUUCUUAUGACAGCUUAAUCAUGAGUUACUUAAAAAAGAAGGUUCCCUUUAUAGUAAUGUAGUAUUAGGUUAUAUAGUUAGGGAAAACCUCUUAAUAACAAUGUACAAUCAGAU